CAAGGGGUCCAUCAUUGAUGACGUCUCUGGUGAUUUGGAAGAUGUUCUAGCCGAAACUUGAUAAACAUUACGUUGUUCUUAAAGUCAGUGUUAAUACAUGUUUACAGAUGCGUAAUACGUAUUAUAAGCCCCAAAAUGGCACAAACUGCACAUAUACGAAGUUAAAAGCUUCAGGUCAGACUAAAGCGGACUUUGCAGGCCCAGUCAUGCCUCAGAAACUCCAGAAGAACGCCCAGACAGCACACUACAUCGAGCUGGGAGGUUAUCAGUACUGGCCUGUGCUGGUGCCCCGAGGCAUCAGACUGUACACCUACGAACAAAUCCCAGUGUUUCUGAGAGAGAACCCCUACAUCACAGAUGGAUACAGAGCCUACCUGCCCUCCAGACUGUGCAUCAAAAGCCUCUUCAUUCUGUCCAACGAGACGGUGAAUAUCUGGAGCCAUCUGUUGGGCUUCCUGCUCUUCUUCUGUCUCGGGGUGUACAACAUGGCGUCGGUGCUGCCGGCCUUCGGUGCCUCCAGGGAGGAUUACGUCAUCUACUCCAUCGGGCUCUUCUGCUUCCAGCUGUGCAUGCUGUGCUCGGUGGGUUACCACCUGUUCUGCUGCCAUCGCUCAGAGAAGACCAGCCGCCGCUGGAUGGCGCUGGAUUACGCCGGUGUCUCCAUCGGCAUCCUGGGCUGCUACGUCCCCGGAGUCUUCUACACCUUCUACUGCAAUAAUUACUGGCGUCAGGUGUACCUGGUGACGGUCCUGGCGAUGAUCCUGGCGGUCUUCUUCGCUCAGAUCCACCCUCAUUACCUCAGUAAGCAGUGGAAGCAGCUGCGCUCGCUCAUCUUCUGCUCGGUGGCCGGCUACGGCCUCAUCCCCACCGUCCACUGGAUCUGCAUCACGGGAGGCUUCUCCUCCGAACUCGUCCAGGCUUUUGUUCCUCGUAUCCUGGGGAUGUACUUCAUCGCAGCGUUAGCUCUCAUUUUCUACGUUUCAAAAGUUCCUGAACGCUACUUCCCAGGUCAGCUGAACUACCUGGGCUCCAGCCACCAGGUGUGGCACAUGCUGCUUGUUCUCAUGUUUUACUGGUGGCACCAGUCGUCAGGCUUCAUCAUGGCGUACAGACACAGCCAGCCGUGCCCCGACGCCGCCGGAGCACCGAUGUUUUGAAAACGGUUGGCGAACAGCUGCAGUGUAUCCCAGCAUGCACUGGACAGAAGACAAGAGAGACAGCAGCCUUUCAGCUCACCCCAGUGUUACCACAGAUUCUUACCUGUCAGUCGGUGACGAGGGCUGCGAACAGGAACCACACCUGCGACCUCCAGGACGUGAGGUGACACGUGUCGAGUGAAUAUUUAUGAGAUAAACCAGGAACUCUGAGUGAUUGUGGGUAAACAGUCACAGUCUUUACCAGGCACCAGUUCUAAAAACAAACCUCUGCAGUCAAACUACAAAACUACAGAGACCGAGGCUGUUGCACUGCGCUCAAAUUUACGUAACUUUAAAAUCAGUCAAUAACUGUCUGUCUUUAUAAAUCACAGAUAAAGCAACAAAAUAAUAAGAUUCAGGGUCGGCAGGUUCAGUCAAGCAGCAGCCCACAUAUUUCUGUAAGUGCCUGUAAAUAAAACAUCAUGUAGCACUUGGUAAAUUAACUUUUGCUCCUAGAACGCCCAAAUUUGUAUUUAUUUUUAAAGGCUUAAAAGCCAGUGAUUGUCUGAGGUGUUCCUCCCUGAAAAAUCUGUUUGAAUAUAGUUCAACAAUACUUUUAGGUUACAGCCUUUAAGCUUGAGUUGCUGUGAGUGUAAAUGCUGAGUGAAACUCAACACAAAUCAUUUCCUUUAUUCCCAAACUAUAAAAUGGUGAGGAACCUCUGAAUGAAAACAAGCAAAAACUGACCAGUAUUGUUCACUUUUGAUGUGUAGAUAGAAAAACCAAAGAGUCAGAGCCACUGCUGCGGAACAAAGCUCAACAGUUUAUCCUACAUUUAGUGUUUCUUUUUUUAACUUUUUUUAACAGUAUUGAUGUUUGUGUUUGUUACCGCUGAGUGAGAUGAACAGAUUGUUUCAGUCCCAGGACGGUGAAGUGUUUUACUUUGAACACAGGUACCACAAACACUCAUGAACUGCAGAUGCCUGACGCUCCAGAGCUGGAUGUUUUUUUUUUUAAAUUUUAUUUCUGUUCUUUUCUGUCGAGCUGCUUUGCCUCAAACUGACUUUAUAUCAGAGCUGCACAGGAUGUGUGAGCGGAGAAGCCUCGACGUUUGCUACUGGAAUGAUUCUGUCUGAGGGUUUUUUAAAUGUGUGUUAUAAGUGUGUGAGUCAGUUCUUAGCUCGGCCUGUAGGGGCUGCUAGUGAGACUUUUUAGGCCUUUAAACUGUGUCCCACGUCUGCACUGUGAGGUAAUGUUGACAGUGCACUGCUACGUUUACUUCUUAUACACUAAUUUACUAUAUUUUAUUUAGAGGAUUUCCUACAUCUUAGUUUUUUAACAGCAGUAGAGGCUUCUCCAUUUAAAAAGAGCUCAAACAUCAGUAGAUUUAUUCUGCAUGUGAGUAUUUUGAAGUUGAAACGGGGACAGUUUUUGUUUUUAAAGGUUCAGGCACUGAUUUAAAAUCUGUAUCUGCACAUUGUGCAGUUCAUUGUGCAGCUGCAGCUUCUCUCUGUGCUGUGCAGCUCUGCUCUCUACUGUAGAUUCACAUGAUUUCACUACUUUGUCUCCACUCUUUGUUUAAAUAGUUACAACUACAUUUUAAAGAAACUUGUUUUUUUUUUCUUCUGCCUCACCUGGUGACAGAAUCUUCCACUGUAGAUAAAAAUGCAGACAGUGUUUUCAGACGUAAUAACUCAAGUAGGGUGAUGUGCAAUGUCAAGGUCAACUUUUUUAAAAAAUGGCUUUAUUCCAAAAUGCAGCGCAGCCAUGCUGGAGAGACGUCAUCAGCUGUUAAUAUUUAGUAAAGAAGAGUCUUAAAACUUAGAAUGUCUCAUUACUGUUUCUGUUUGUCGUCAUUUAAUUACACUAGGUGUCCACUUACAUGGUUACCGCCUCAUUUUGGAAUGAAAGUCAUUUGUUUUCUGUGUGAUAUUUAAUGUUUUUAAGAUUUAGCCUGAGACGGUUUCAGAUUCUUUUUGUUGUUCUGUAUUUAAAUUAUUCAUAAGAACCUGCUCUGUAAAAACAUUUUGUCUUUGAUAAGCUCUCAAAGUGUCUGAAACUCAUUUUGUAGCAGCAGAAAUUUUGUAUCUUGACUUUUCAUACCUGAGCAAUCAAACUGCUGAACUUGACUCUGAAUAAAAUUAACCGUGAACUGUUUAAAAAAACAAACUGUAAACUUUGUUUUAAAUUCCACUUUACAGCAUCCAUCUCAAGCUGCACUGAGAUGAAUCUUAUUUAUUGCAUCAAACAGCAGUAUAGCAUGAUAAAUACAAUAUAAGAUUUACCCUGGUGGAAAAAAAAGAGAUGGAAAGUAGUUGUAUCAAAUGGUUCCACUGGUGAAAACACAGCAACCUGCAGGUUUAAUUCAAACAAAAUGUGCCAGUGGUUGUGAAGGUAAAUGCAGUGCUUAAGGCCGUCGAUGGAGAGCACACAGAACUCGUUAAUGGAAGAAUUCAGCGCUGAAAAAGUGCAGUCAUGAAGACAAAUGACCUGAAUGUUACAUCAAAGAUUUCUCAAAGAUCUUAAACGUUUUUUUCCCUUUUAUGAACGAGCCAAUUUACCUCAAUCUGCAGAGGAGAGACCUGUGUCAACGAAGAAGUCUGGUGAUAUUCUACUUUUUUUUGGCAACAAAUCCCAUGAAAAGAUUAAAAGCAGUAACUGACGGGUAGUGUGUGUGUGUGUGUGUGUGUGUGUGUGUGUGUGUCUGAGGCUCGAUAAAGUGAUUUACCUCCUGGAAACGGGGCCGUCGAUGGAUGAUCAAUAAUGCAGACAGCCUGGCUCUGUCUGUAAGCUAAAAAAAAUCCACUUACCAAAACCUUUAAAGCUCACUAAAUUACAAAUCCUUGUAAAACCACACAUUUUUUUACUAAUUACUUUAAAUUUAGAGGUGGUGGCAGCUUCUAUCUUUUACUCUCAGACAAAGCCAGACAAGCUGUUUCCCCCUAUUUCCAGGCUUUAAGUUAAGCUAAGCUAACCAGCUGCUGCUAGUAGCUCGAUAUUGAACAGACAAAUGAGAGGGAGAUCAAUCUUUUUUUAAGUAACUAUCUGGAAAAAAAGCAAAUAUAAUCUAAACAUCAGGCUUCAGGCUUCAGUAGGAACCAAACGGCUUAAACCCUCCAGACUAACAUAUUAUCGUAACAUUGUUGGUUUUGGUCUUUUCGUAAUAUUUGUUGAAAAAUGUUGAAAAAUACGCAGAAUACCACCAGUCUUGUCCUUUAACUGAUGGUGCAAUACCCAUUUAUCCUUAAGCAGAAAUUACAGAGCACUUAACAUUGCUGAGGAAAUAGCAGUAGAGCUUGUGAGUUUCUAUGGGGGGGUCAAAGUUCUCAAAACAUAAACCCCUAGACUAGUGAUCUAAUGUGGCUUUGUGUUUUAUUCCUUCCUUAUUUCUAACAGAAUGUGUUGAGUUGUAACUUAAUUAAAAAAUUUUUUAACAGUACUUACACACGUCUCCUGCUAGAAAACAAAGAAAGAGAAGUUAAAAGCCUAAAUUUAAACUCAAUUAACAGAUCCAACUUUUUUUUUUUUUUUUUUUUUUAAA